AUGCAUGAAACAAGGAUUGGGACCAAAUUGCAUCUUCAAGCAAUAAAAGGGAUCAAACAAGACUCCUGUGAAGCUAAAUUACGUGCUUUAUUAAGACAAAGUCCUACUAGUAGUAAAGCUCCUGCUGGAAGAGAUGUCCCAUGCCGUUCCUGCUCUAGAAAAGGUGGCAGAGAUAACCCGUUACUGCUGGAAGAGAUAAAGCUCUGCAAGUCCUAA